AUGAGUGAUAGAGUAAUUCCUAACUAUCGAAUCAAGAGGAUUCUAGAAAUAGAUGAGCAUAUGCCCCGUAUGAACAAAAAGGCUUUGUAUACCCUCGGAAAGUCACUGAAAAUAUUUUUACAAGAGUACGCAAAGGAUAUACACAAACAUAUAGUAAAUACGGGAUCUUCUUACCCAGUAAAACCACAACACAUAGUUAAUGUUUCAUUCGACCCAAGGUUUAUUAAGUACGAGUUUCUCACACACGCGAAGCAGAUUAUAGAGACACAGGAACAUGAAACGGAAUCCAUCAAUAAAUUAAUGAAUUCGGAGCAUAAACAUAAAAGUGGGUCUACUAGCAGUCACUUAAAAACGGAGAUGGUCGAUGAUUUAUCGAAGAAAGUCGAUACAAAUAGUUAUAUUUCGAAUGUAGAGUGUAAAAUAAAUAAUACGAGUGGCAAAAGUAGUGUUACGAACACUGGGCUUAAGAGAAAUGGUAAAUCCCCGGGAAAAACUGCCGAUAAGAGACAAAAAAACUCCAUUCUCAGCUACUUUACAACCAAGUAA